GGCAUCGUCCAACUCACCUGUUUUCAUUUUGUAUGCCAUUCAUUGAACUAUAGGGCCGGACAGCAUGGCCUCUCCCAUGCACCAUCUUGUCUUUACCGGCAUAUGCAUCCUGGUCCUGCGGGAACUAAACGGGAUCGUUACGGAGCCGUACAUGGACGAACCAUUUCAUGUUCCACAGGCGCAGGCGUACUGUCGGGGAGAGUUCUCGUACUGGGAUCCCAAGAUUACCACUCCUCCAGGACUCUACGUCGUGAGCUGGGUAUUGAAGAAGAUAUUCCUCUUCAAGUGCAACUUGCAAAUGCUGCGACUGACACCCAUGCUCGCCCUAGUCGCGCUUCCCAUAGCAUUAACUCAUCUCCUAAGCUAUCAUCAGCGCGUUCGACCGCCGUCGUCGCUGCUCGCGCCGACGCUGGAAUCGGUCGUUCUCUCCGCUUUCCCAAUUGUUUGGUUCUUCGGAUUCCUAUACUACACGGAGGUCCCGAGUCUCCUCUUCGUGGUGUUGACUGUGGUAGCAGCGUCCCAAGGAAAGCACUGGCUAGCCGGGCUGUUAGGCCUCGUCAGUUGCACGUUCCGCCAGACAAACGUUGUAUGGGUUCUGUACGCCUACGCUUCGAGCCAGCUGAUGUACCUGCGGUUCCGUCGCGCGGCUCCGAAUGGGAGUAUGCCUGCCAAAUUGCAUGACCCGCCCGCGCUGGAGGCUGGCCCUGGUGAUUUACUGCGAUCUAUCCUAAGCGCACCCAGAGUCCUCCCCGAUGUGUUGCCGAAGUUUAUUCCCUACGGAAUUGUGGUUGCAUUGUUCGGCGCCUUUGUUGUAUGCAAUGGCGGGAUCGUCUUGGGUGAUAAAUCCAAUCACAUACCUUCCUUUCAUAUCCCGCAACUGUACUACUUCCUUGGAUUUGUGACCAUUUUUGGAUGGCCAGUUCUCGUCAGUGGCCCGGGAGGACUUAAAUCGCUAAUCAAGGAAGUCCGGUAUAGAAUGUUUGGAAAUUUGCGGCGCUCGUUGGUCACUGCCAUUGUCUCUGCAGUAAUGGCGGUCACUGUAUACAAGUUCACGAUACAUCACCCUUUCUUGCUCUCUGACAAUCGCCACUAUACAUUCUACGUCUGGCGGCGCAUAUUUAUGCUGCAUCCAGUAGUGCCUUAUCUCCUGAUACCAGGGUACAUAGCCUGCGCAUGGGCGUGGUUCCUGCGUGUUGGACGCGACCAGACCUUACUCCAAACCCUCUUACUGCCCGUCUUUGUGCUGCCCACCCUCCUUCCAACCCCCUUGCUUGAACCUAGAUACUUCCUCAUUCCCUAUGUUCUGCUGCGCGCGCAGGUGCCAGAUGUCCCGGGUUGGGGCGUGCUCUUGGAGGGGGCGUGGUACGCAGCGAUCAACGCGGCGACAAUGUGGGUGUUUUUGUACCGAGAAAGGGAGGGUGUUGGUCGGUUCAUGUGGUAG